UCGCUUCGACUGUGAACGCGGUAGGUUUGGUAUCGUUUGCGUCGCGUAAUUUCUUUAUUGCCUCAAUUUAUCAUUUAUUUAAUGUUUUAAAAAAUCUAAUCACGUGAUUAUACACCGAUACGGAAGUAAUAAACACACAUUCGAUUCGUGGAAAAUUCUCGGUUUUUUUUCGUGCAUAUAUACAUGACGGUUAAGUGACACGCAAACAGGUGCACCUAUCGUAUAGCACAAGAAACGAAUCACGGAGGUCGUUGCACGUAAUAUCUACCAACAGACAAUUCGCGAGUACGGUGUCUACAAUUAUAUAGUAACGGAUUCUUCUCUUAUACGAUACCACUUGUCACCAAGAAUCCACUAUUGUCUUCAAAGAGAAAUUGAACUAGUGUCUUCGUUACUUGUUAUCGUAUCGAUCCGGAAAGAAAUUUGGAAAAUUUCGAUGAAUUUUUGAAAGCGUUGCAUCGAUAAUUAUCGAACGCUUACUUACCACGACGAGUAGAUAGACGUUCGCCAUGGUUCGUCCAAUCCACCAUGCAUUGAACGGUAUAGCAUAGCUGAGAUGUUUCUUGCACCGGGACCCAUUAUUGAAAUGCCUCGAAUUGCGCGUAUAGCUGCGCGACUGCGCAGUUAAGAGUACGCCUCGUUUCUCUCGUUAUAGCGCCUUGGAAAGAGGAACGAUAUCUCUUAGAAAGAGGAUAAAAAAGAAAUACGCGAGAAUGGAUCUCUUUAUAUUAUCGAAUUGAGAGAUCUAACGAACGUGAUAUUAUCCCUAGAGGAAACGAAAUUUAACAUCGGAAAUCGUAAUUGAAAUAUUAUUUAAUGUUAUUGGCGGACGUUCGAUCGAGUUUUAAUUUUGUAUUACUUUACUAUACAUUUCUAUCGUUUCGCGCACGUUAAUAUGGGGAGAAACGAGGUAUGUGGAGGUUAGAUAUAGAUGUUGCUUUAAUAAUGGUAACUAACCAUUCGAGGAGAAACACAAGGGUAUUGAAAUAUUUGUCAUUGAAAUACCAUUAUGGAAUGACGUUAAAUUGAAGUUCGUUUUAAUCGAACAGAUUACGAAGUACUGUUAUUCGCUGUCGAAGGGAAGAGGACUAUCAAAAUUUAAAGUAAAGGGCAAAGUUAAAGCCGCAUUGUCGAGUGGAAAACUGAAAUAACUUUGAAGGCAAUUUUCAUUCCGUCGUUAAACGAGAAAUCUGAAUGAAAUGGGAAUUGGGUAAGAUGGCGGAUAAAAAGUUUGGCGAAAAUCCUUCAGAUGGUGGUCAGUCCCCUCGAAUCAUAGUUUCGAAAAGUUUCUUUCGCAACAUGGAUCGAUUCUUUUACUUUUUUUUUUUUUUUUUUUAACAAAUGUAUAUAUCUCGAAAUUCAUCCUGUAAAUAUAGAAUCCAUACAAGAUGAAAAAAAUUUUAUUUCUGUCAAGAGAUGAAAGAAGAAGCUUCCAUUUCCAAUAUUAUCCAGUAUAAUAAUAAUAUGCACAUAUAAUUUUGACAUGCACAAAACUCGAAUUAAAGUUAGCAGUGGUGGGGCAGAAUCAAUACAAAAUUUAACUGGAAUUAGACAGCGAUUAAAUCAGGAAAUUGUACACGUAUUCGAAUCGAAAUCGAAAUCAAAGGCAGGAUAUAGAAUCGCCGAUUUAAAAACGGAAUUACAAUAUUUCGAUCGUUAAUCUCGCCGAUAAUUCGGUUCAAAUGUUUAUAAAAUCGGCGUUGUAAAUCUAAAAAAAAAGGAAAGGAAACACGGAUGAGAGAUACGUGUUAAAUUUAUUUGCCUGCGUAUCGGCCCCGUUAUUUUCACGUCCAUCUUUCUCCAUCGCUAAUGCGAUGCAUGCAAAUUUUGCACACGUAACGUAUCCCUUCUUUAAUAACGAAUAGAAGAAGGCCAACCGUAAUUUAUAUUCCUUCCCGUGAAAUUUUUUUCAUUCACGCGAAAAGCAAUCGGAUAAAAACGGAGAGUAAACUAGUUAAUUUUUAAACAAUUGUUUCAAAUGAUAAAACUUUGGAAUUGGAGGAGGUUAAAUGAAUUAAAUGAAUAAUGAUGAGAUUUUGGAGAGAAAAUAAUAAUUCGGUUCGUAAAAAGAGAAAAAAGAAAAAAAAGAAAGAAGGAAAAAUGGAGCGUGUGCUCGUUGACGAUUGAAACUUAAAGGGGAAAAUGUAGGCAAAGCUUGGAAUAAUAAUUAACGAAGGAGGACAAACGCUAGCGUUUCUAGCAUUUCCAUUAAAUUCACGGCGGGAAAUCAAUCAGGCAGAAAGAAACAGAUACGCGCAUAAUCGAUUCGUUUUGCAGAUUAUCCUUGAAGGAGGGGGAACAAUUUGAAGAACAAAAAGCUCUUAUGGGUGUCUAAGCACACUGAACAUUAAAAUACUCGGCGAGAGUUUUUCUUCACUGCAUGAUGAGAAAACAAUCGUACAGCUCGAAUUUGAGCACGGGGAGCUGCGGCGAGCCACAGAUCAUCGUGGAGGAAAGCACGUUGGGGGAAGAGGAGGCGGAAUGGCGGAGGAACGAAUCGCCUCCACGAUGCAUGGAUCCCGAUUCUCCAUCCUUGAACCCUUAUCUAUUGUCACCGUGGAGAGAAGCAAGGAAGCAUUCUCUACCGACGCCGCAGUGUACUUCCGGGAUAACCGCAUCGCAGGUGAGACGAUUGAGCGAACGUGGGGGUGAAUCAGGACCAUCUGCGAGAGAGGCAGCUUUCCUGUCCACCCUCUCCCAAGCACCGGCUCCUCAGCCGGGUGGGCGAAGGCAUUCGGUCGUUACCAUCUCCCGAGUACCACAGACUCUAUUCAGCCGUAAUCGGCGUGAAUCAAUUGCCGCUUUCCCACUCGGAGGCGCGACCAGAAUAUUGCCGGGUCGCAGAGACUCGGAAUCGAGGAUGGGCGGGCCACCGAGCAACGCCGGAAGCUCGCAUAAUCUUCAAUUGGAUAUUAUGGACGAUAUCGCGGAGAUGAAGGCGAAGAAGGUGCUGUUAAAGAUGUACAAGACGUCGACGGAACAAGUGUGCGAGAUCCAGCCAUUGGAAGGUAAUAGCUCGACUCAACGGUACACUCAAUAUCCAAAACGACGGUUCUCUGAGAUGCCCGCACCUUCCGUAUCGCCGACCGCCUCUAUCCGAAGACGGGCCUCGGAAGUGCCGAGAGCCACGAGCGCCUCUGUGUCCGGCGCGGCGGGCAUCGUUUGCUCCAACACAGAUCUGAUAUCGAUCCUGAGCUCGUUGGCCUCGUCCGCGACCGAGAUCAAUCGAUGCGGCGAAGAAGGAUCGGGUACGCGCGACGAGAGCAAGUCGAGUUGGUCCGGGAAGACGGCUGAACAGAAACGAAGUCGGUUGAAAAGCUUCCGCUCCAACAGUUUCGACGUGUCCAUACUUCAUGGGGCGAAAAGCAAGCUGGCCGGGUCCUCGAAAGCCGCAGCAUCCACUAUCAUGGCUCCGUCGAACUGGUUCACCAAGAGACAUCAACCGAUGUCGAAGAAACAGAAGCCGGAAGAUUUAAUCACGGCCAGUCUGAACUUCAAGUUCGAUAAAUCGAAGGUCGUGAAGGCGGUCAAGGAGACCCUAGGCAAAACGUCCCCUAGUAUCGAUAUCAGGCACAAAGUCGUAUGGGACGACACCAGUGGAACUAAGGUGGACGCUCAGGUGUUGGGUAGCGCAAUUGAAAAAAUUUUAACGGCGGAAAAAAUUUUAAAGAGGAAAUGACGCGGAAGCAACCGGAUCGAAGAACAACCCUCGGUAUCUCCGAACAAACCAAGAUCAAGUAAAGUGACGAGUUGGUUUUCGAAUACCACCAAAGACCAAGAACAAACCGAAUCCUGCGAACCAUCUAUCUGUUCUUCUUUAAAAGAUCUAUUCGUCAAGUAGUAUGGAAAUACAAACACGGGUCUCGCUCGUUUGAUUAACGCUUCUUCGUUUAAGAAUUUAUUCAAAGAUUAACACGACCUAAUAGAUAACUGAUCAUCUCAUUUCAAUUCAAGCUAAUGAACUAUGUAUAUUUUCUUUCCAUUCCUAUACUUCUAAGAGAUGUUAUCUUAUCAUUUUUAUUAAUUUUAAUAUUCUAACAUUCAUAAUUCUGAAUAUCUAUUAAUGAAAAUUUCAAAAGUGGAUUAUUUUCUAUUGUAUUUUUAUUCCUUUUUUCUUUCCACAUUAGAUUCAUAGAUUCAUAGAUUCUCAGUAACGUUAUAAUUAUAUUAUAAUUAUUUUAUAUGUUUAGUAAUACUUAAUCAUCUUUGUUGUAAAAAUGUUUUUAAUUUUAUUGAAAUUUUACAGUAAAUGAAACAGAUUCAUUGGCAUUGCGGGAUCCAUGGUUAAAAAUUAGAUAUAAAAAAUCUAUAAAACAUCGUAGAUUUAAAUAUUUCAAUGGAUGCAACUUUCAACAAAUAAAUGUGGACAAAAGUUUAAUCAACUUCUAUAUUUAAAUAAAUUUUAAUAAAUUAUAGUAUUCAAAAUAUAAUUAAGCAAAAAUUCGAAGCUAAAAUGUCCAAAUAUAAUUGAAAAGUAUGUCGUAUAAUAAAUGUUAUAUGAUAUUCCAUAAAUAAAAAAAAGUAUUGUUUUUUUAUGAGAAGAGUCAAAUAUAAAACAGAUUGUUAUUAAACGAUACGACCGUUUCGAAAUUAAAAUAUGUCGAUCAUAUGUGUGUAUAGUGUAUCCCGUAUAAAAGAUCAUUCAAUCAUAAUACAAUUUUUUAUUUAUAAAUAUGAUUUCAAA